AUGGGUUUUCUCUCUUGCAAUGGCGAGUCCGUAGUCUCAAUCUGCGAUUCUCACAACUGGAAACCGAAAUCUCCUCACCAAACAAAGCUCCGGAUUUUCACCUACGACGAACUCGCCGUCGCUACAAACGGCUUCUCCGCCGGAAACUUCAUCGGUAAAGGAAGCCACGGCAGAGUUUACAAAGCCGUUCUCGACGGCGGUAAACUCCUCGCCGCCGUCAAAAGAACCACAAACAUCACCACCGCCGGUGAUAACAAUAACAACGAGAUCGAGAUUCUCUCACGAGUUCAUAACCGUUGGAUCGUUAACCUAAUCGGUUACUGCAUAGAUCAUCGGAGGAAGACGAAGCUCUUGGUUAUGGAGUACAUGCCUAACAACACCCUUCACCAUCACUUACAUUCCUCAGGUCAAACAUGGAAUCGAAGAAUCAAAAACGCGCUUCAAAUCGCAAUCGCAGUAAACGCGCUUCACUCCGCCGCGGUUAUCCACCGCGACAUCAAGUCCUCGAACAUCUUAAUCGACGGCGAAGGAAACGCGAGGUUAGCCGAUUUCGGACUUGCUUUGAUCGGAGAUGAGCAUCUGAAAACUACACCACCGGCGGGAACACUUGGGUAUUUAGAUCCGUCGUAUUUAGCACCGACGGAUCUAACCGCUAAAACAGACGUAUUCAGUUUUGGGAUUUUGUUGCUUGAGAUUAUUAGCGGAAGAGAAGCGAUCGAUUUGAGAUACAGUCCUUCGUGUAUCGUCGAUUGGGCGAUUCCUUUGAUCAAACGCGGCGAUUACGACGCGAUUUGUGAUUUGAAAAUCGGGAACCGUCGUCCUCAGUCCGUUGUGAUUCGGAUUUUAGCGGUUAUGGCGGCGAGGUGUGUGCGUACGACGGCGAAGAAACGGCCAGAUAUGUCGGAGGUUGUUGAGUGUUUGAAAACGGUUAGGAAGUUAUCUCCGGUGUGGAAUCGGUUGCGGAGGAGAGGGGAAGAUAAAUCGGAGAAAGAAGUGAGGGUUGUGAGAGGGGGAAGUAGUAGGAAGCAGAGUAAUAAGGUGUCGAGCGUGACGACGGAGGUUGAUGUAGUUCCCUCGGAGGUGUUGCUUUCUCCGGUGCCGGUUCGACGACGGAAUCUUGUGCUGAGAACGAGAUCGGUUGGUGCGAAAGUGAGACCGGAUCCAAACGACGGAGAAAAUAUGGUUGUUACGAUCAGAGUACUUUUUGAGAAAGAAAGAUUGGUCACGGCGGCGAAUACGGCGGUGAAUACGACGGCAAAGACGAGACUGAGCAAGUCGAGGUCGGUGGGAAUUGUACGUAGUCGUAAAACGGCGACGCGGAAAGAGUUUUUGAAUGUUUCCAAAAGUCAGCAAUUUGCCAGGCAAUUUGUUUGA